CUCUGCACAGAGCAACCAUGGCGAUCAUCAUCCUUCUUCGUAUUGUAGCCUUCUUCGUUAUGGCUUUCAAUGUUGCAAAUUGCCAAUCCUUCAUCGGAGUAAACUACGGCCAAGUCGCCGACAACCUCCCGCCGCCGUCGUCCACCGCGAAGCUACUCCAGUCCACUACAAUCCAAAAGGUCCGGCUCUACGGAUCCGACCCUGCCAUCAUCAAAGCCUUAGCCAACACCGGCAUCGGAAUCGUCAUCGGAGCAGCAAACGGCGACGUUCCGGCCCUGGCAUCCGACCCCAACUACGCCAUCAACUGGGUCAGCACCAACGUUGUUCCCUUCUACCCGGCAAGCAACAUCAUCCUCAUAACGGUCGGCAACGAGGUCCUGACCUCCGGCGACCAUGGCUUACUUACUCAGCUAGUUCCGGCCAUGCAAAAUGUCCAAAACGCCCUCAACUCCGUAUCUUUGGGCGGGAAAAUUAAAGUCUCGACCGUCCAUGCCAUGUCAGUGCUUAAGCAAUCUGAGCCGCCGUCUUCCGGUAGCUUUGAUCCCGGUUUUGGUGACGUCAUGAAGGCGUUGCUUGGGUUCUGUAGCGCCACCGGUUCGCCUUUUGCGAUCAACCCGUACCCGUAUUUCGCGUACCGGGAUGACCCCCGACCCGAGACACUGGCCUUCUGUCUCUUCCAACCCAACGAGGGCCGGUUCGACUCCAACACAAACAUUAAGUACAUGAACAUGUUCGAUGCACAGGUGGAUGCAAUAAAAUCUGCAUUGAACUCCAUGGGGCACGGUGAUGUGGAAAUUGUGGUCGCGGAGACUGGCUGGCCGUACAAGGGAGACGACAAUGAGGUCGGUCCGAGUGUCCAAAAUGCCAAGGCCUAUAACGGUAACCUGAUUGCGCAUCUUCGAUCAAUGGUUGGGACUCCAUUGAUGCCGGGGAAGUCAGUGGACACUUACUUCUUUGCGCUAUAUGAUGAGAACUUGAAACCUGGCCCUGGUUCGGAGAGAGCUUUCGGCCUUUUCAAACCUGACCUUACCAUGACUUAUGAUGUUGGCCUCGCCAAGAGUGCUAGCCAGACCCCCACCACGCCGACCAUGCCCGCCACGCCAACGGUGCCCACCACACCUAAGACACCCUCUACAGGGCCCAAAACGCCGGCGAACCCAUCUGCUGCGCCGAAACCAAACAAAGGAGUGUGGUGUUUGCCUAAGAAAGGAGCGUCGGAGACACAGUUGCAGGCUAACAUAGACUAUGUUUGUGGACAUGGUUUUGAUUGUAGUCCAAUUCAACCGGGCGGUGCUUGUUUUGAACCAAACAAUGUGGCUUCCCACGCUGCUUAUGCCAUGAACAUCCUCUAUCAAACCGCCGGUCAUGAUGCUCAGAAUUGCGAUUUUUCGCAAACUGCCACACUGUCCUCGAACAAUCCGAGCUAUGAUAGCUGCAACUACCCAAGUGGGAGUUACCCAAGUGGGAGUACCUGCUGA